CCUCUAGUAAUGCAGACUGAAAUAUGUGUGGCAGCGAUUGGGAAUACCCUCAUACGUCGGAAAUAACAUCCUUGACAUACUACUCGUCGUAGAGGAGUGCAACCGUGCAAAGCUCACCAUGUGUUGGAUGUUAGUAGCCAUAAAAAUAUCUUAGUGAAAAAUACUAUGCACGAAAAGUCCUGCUGCCUCCUUGACGUGACUCAAAACGGAAAUGACGCCAAGGAAUAAUGAAGAUUUUUGCCCAAACUUCAAGAACAAGAAUUGGGGCUGGAGUGAGAGUGUACUUCGAAAAUCACCCACAGCAAGAAGAAGCCGUUCUUGAGCAAAGUGUUUGGGGACCUUAUCAAAAAACAAUCUGAAUACCAGGAAACGAUAAAAGUGACCGAACGCGUGUCAACAGCAUUAAAAGCCCGUUCGUUGUCUGAACUCCGAUAAAGAGCCUCGAAAGGUGUUUGAUACCACCCUCCAGUCUUCACUAUCUUGAAGAUCAAUCCAUUCCAAUUCGGCGAGUGAUAUUUGAAACAACUCAUGCAUCAUGACUUGGCUGUGGAAAUUGGCAUUUUGCACCUUGUUCCAAAGCAUUGUAGGGCUAGCCAAACCUGAUGGACAAGAAGAAAUGGAGAGCAUCGAUUACAUCUUCCACAUUGGUGCCAAACCCCGUCAAGUGCAAACCCUUCAACAAAUUGUGUUCCGAGACGACAAGACUUUGGAAGUACCCGUGAACGCUCGUGAAGACCAAGCUUUACCCUACGUCCGUCCAGCCAGAAAUGACGUCACCGCUGAAGACCGAUCAGCUCAACUCGUGAAACCAAACGAGUUCCAAGGCUCAGAAUCAGAUUCUAGGAUUUUGAGUGGAAAUCGGAGUCCUGCAUUGGUGCCAAACGAUCUUGCUCCCGUUACGUCGAAUGUUCCACUUCGGAUUCGCAUCGGAAAUACCACCAAUCUGUUUGGUAGCCCUGGCGAGUCUGUGAACGUGGAGUUCGUUGUCACAAAUUAUGGACCAGCUUCGACCAUCUUUUUCUCGGCCGAGGAGAGCCAAGCAACUGAUCCAGAUCAAGUUAAUUUUCCCGUGGAACAGUUCCUAAUGAGCUUGAGUAGUUCACGGGCUUCUUUGAGCUCGAAUGGUAACUAUACAUGUUUUAUGAACCUAGUGGUUCCACCUCACGCAGCGGCUGGCACAAGGAAAACUAUUUCCUUUGUGGCCCAGGCCUCGAACGCAGGGGGGGCUCCUCUGUCGAUCACCAGACGAAUCUAUUUUACCGUUGGAGGAUCCAACAUCAAGAGCACUGAUUCCGAUGCUCCAGAAUGCCGAGUGUUGUCCAAUGAUCGGGCUGGCCAAUGCCAAGAUCAAUUAUCAAAUCCAGCUCAGCCAGAAGCUUGUCGACAAGUCCGUUGGACCUCCCGGUUUCAAAUCGAGGAUUCCCAAUCGGGACUCAAGUCCAUCGAUGAACGUCCCCUGAUUGUUGGUGUGUCCCAAGAUGCAUAUUUUUCACAUCAAAAUUACAUUUUGGGCACCAAGCUUCCUGUGGAAUACUUCUUUAGUGCCAGUUGUUGCAUGGAAACCUUCGCUCUGAAACUGGCUGACGUGGCCGGAAAUCAAGGCCAAUGUUAUGUGGGGAAAUUGCCCAAUGAUCCAGAGGCCAAUGUGGAUGUACAGGGUGCGUCAUCUACAGGAAUCAUCAUUGCCAUUGUUGUGAGUGCCAUCAUUCUAAUCUUGGUGGUGAUUGGGGCCAUCGCUGUCAUUUUCGUCAUGAAGAAGAAGCGGAAGGCCGAAUUAGCGGAAAUGCGGGAAACCCCUCAGGCGCGAUAA